CAUCCAUCGGGAUGGUUCCAAACUGACAGUGAUCGAGAUUCGCGAAACAGUAAAGACAAACGGCACACAUUUGCUCUUUCGUCGCGGUUUUGACCGAUUCACGACAUGAAGGUCGUGACCGCCUCCUUCCUUCUGUUCACCUUUGCGGCGUUCUUGGUCGGCACGCACGGAAAAUAUGAUAACGAGAGUCACAAACUCAUUUUGAUCCGAGGACGCCGCGGCUUUCGUCACCGAACCGGCUCCUGGCUCGCCGCCAGCCCCGCAAAUCAAAGAAGGUGCGGUGCCAAAAAUCUGUACACCCGAAGACCAGUACACCCGAAGACCAGUACACCUGGCUGUCCCGUUGACUCACCAACGUCGGCCCCAACACCUCCUCCCAUUGAGACUGCGACAAACUCUCCAGAAGGAUCUCCAACCGCGGCUCUACAAGAAACUGACUACGGUCCGUAUCCGGCCGGUCCUUACAUUUCGGUACAACAAAACUCGGAGCGCAUCACUUUGCCUGAACCCGCUACAGUAUUGCUUUCAAUCGCCUCAAAUACAGCUUGCCCUCAUACAGGUGCUGACAUUGUCUACUGGGACGAUGCCAGUACAUGGGGCGCUUCCGGAAUACCCGACACGGCGAACCAAGACGUUGCAGUACCCAGCGGAAGUCGUGUGGUGAUUCGUUCAACAAUUCCUGUGGUACUUGGUGUAGUUACAGUACCUGCUGGCAGCAAUCUCAUUAUUGGUUCCGAUGUGAAUGGUAUUGACAUACACGUCGCUGGCAUGGAGGUUGCGGGACGUCUCCUUGUCGGGUCCGAGACCUGCCGCCUUGCCAACCCCGUUACCAUCACUCUUCAUGGUAGCCGACCGCGGGACGCCGUCACCAACGUACCAUCGGAUUCCUACAAGGGUAUCCACGUUACAGGUGUGCUAAGCCUGCACGGGAAGCGCUACUUCCAUACUUGGUCUCGAUUGGCCAAGACUGCGGAAGCAGGAUUGUCUGUAUUGAUGCUACAGAAUCCCGUCAACUGGGAAGCUGGUCAAGAAGUUGUUAUUGUGACGUCCGCCAUCAAGGAUUCCAUCGAAUAUCACCAGAAUGAAGUCCGCACGGUGCGAGCCGUGCACACCAGCCCGCCCAGUGGUGUGGGAGCAAUUGUGUAUUUGACCGAGCCCGUGGACUACAGCCACAUUGCGAACAGCAACUACCAGGUGGAAGUCGGUUUGUUGACUCGCACAGUCAAAGUCCAAGGCUCCGAAUCUGAUUCCGAGCCGACGGAUCCCAAUCCCCUUUCUUGCACUCAUUUACUGGGCAGCCCUUUCGCGGAGGUAGACGAGGACGUCGAAGGCGUGGAGCUCUAUUGCAUGGGACAGACCAACUUACUGGGCCGCUACCCUAUCCACUUUCAUAUGCUAGGAGACUUCCCAGACUGUUACGUCAAGGACUCGUCAAUUCAUCGGUCCUACUACCGUUGCGUCUCUCUUCAUGGCACGCACUAUACAACCACAACGGAGAAUGUUGCCUACGAUGUUUGCGGAUACUGCUACUAUUUAGAAGACGGCGUUGAGCAGUUCAACACACUGUCCUACAACCUGGCCGCGCAUAUUCAUAGCAUUGGCCCGGUACCAUGGGGUGGUGGCCAAACGACCGACAUCUUCCAGCAGAGCACCACACUAACACUUCCGGCGGACGUGACGGCAUCUGGAUUUUAUAUUACCAACAUUCACAAUCAUAUCAUUGGUAACGCCGCAUCUGGGGGCUGGGCCGGCUUUGCAUUCCCGAAUCUCGCCGAGGCUAUUGGCGCUCACCAAGGAAACGAAGCCUUUCGGCCUGCUACGGUGACAGGCUUGACUCUAGACGGCAACACAGUGCAUUCUACUGGCUGGUGGUGGAACCAUGCUGGCGCUUUCUACUUUGGUGGCUCUCUUUAUUACAACGGUGAUAAGUUGGAGUACAAUCCUGGUCGAAGUUUCUCUUUUGAGCGUGACGAUUGUCAUACGUGCAAGAACUUGUGGUCCGGACAAAUGGAAGUGAUCGGUUUUGAGUCUCAUGAUAACAGUCUAGCCAUAGAGGCGCUCUCUAGCGGCUUGUGGAUCAACCAUUUGCUGGCUGUGUGCCGCACAGGCAAAUCACUUGGACUACCGGAAGGUGCCACAAACAACCGACCCCUCGAAGGGAGCGGCUUCUUUUGGUACGAUACGGGCCAGGAGCACAUCAUCACACAGUCUACUUUUCGCAAUUGUGGCUUUCGCUCGGACAAUUACAAUCAGUACAACUCUAGCGCCACUCGAGGAUGCGACGACAGCGACAUGUCUAAAGCAUGCUACAGCGAGUCGUCGAUGUUUGGCUUUCUGACCCAUUCGGACGAGUUCACGCCAAAAAUUAUGCAGGGGACUCGCGAUAUUACAUUCGAUAACUGUGGCCGUCGCUUCAAGUUUACAAUAAACAAGCUGGAGACCGUAUCUGGACAAGGUCAGAACUGGUUGGAUAUGGAUGGGAGCGUUUCGGGCCUGAAUGACCCAACUAUCAUUGCAUCCGGUCUUGAGCUAGCGAAGGACUGGUGGGGCGUUGACAAUCAAGUUGUAUACGAGCCACAGGCACCUCUCAGCACAUACUGCCGCAAUGAUGGAUCCGGUCUCAAUUGUAGCCCUGUUGGUUACAUGCGGCAUCUCGGUCAUAAGUUUAGUCCAACCCUGAACGCUGCGGUGAACAAUGGUCUCCCGGUUACAGCCAACCCUGAUGUGGUUAGUAUGAUUGGUGGCUUCGGCUGGCUUCUGACCUUGAAUCGUGGCGCGCCUCGACAGCUUGUCUUGUGGGACUUGGAAGUUGAUCCUGGAAGUGUGCUUCUACUGAGUAUCCCGUAUCCAGCCGGCACAACAUUCAACAUUUGAGCUAGUGCGCCAAGUUGGUGCGGAGAUUCCGAUGGUUUUGUAUGCAACACUGACUUUGUUGCUGUGAGCUCAGUCCAGGCAGUACGCAACAGUGCUGGUAACAUUUACCACGUUGGCACAAACGGUGUGCUGACGCUGCAUAUUGUUCAGUUUUCCGGGCAGUUUACUGGCAACCCAAACUGGAUCCUUCCCAAUUACAACACUGGGAUAAAAAGGCAAUUUCCAAGUUUGAGCGAGACGUGGUAGUGCUUCCAGUACAGGAGUGGGCAAAUACACUAACAAGCUCGGCCAAUUGUGGUGGGUCGGGUGUAUACUGCAGUGGAUCGGUUGCGGCGUAUGACCCUGAUGUGUGCAAUUCAGGUUUUGUGCAAGUCGCAUACGAUACAUGUUGCCAGUGCUCAAACCUGAGUUGAUGCAUGUUUGCCAACGGCAGUCGCAACUUUUAAAAGUUUUUUAGCUGUCUGUUGCACGUGAUUCUGAAUCAUCCUAUGUUAAACAGUUAGGCAGCGAAACACAUUUU